AUGGCAGGCCGGAACUUCGCCCACAGCGAAAUGGUCCUCCUCAACACCAUUCGGGGUCUGUUUGUCCAAGCCAACUUGCUACUUUGUGAGAGCUGCGGAUGUAAGAGCUUUCCUGGGUAUACGACUUGCCUCGAUCCUGAUUGCGAGGCACGUCUGCCCUCGGGUAUGCCGUCGCGAAAGCGAGCUUUGGCACUGAGCAUCUUCAACUUUGUGCUGGCUCCUCUUCGAAACCACCUUCCGCCUCCACAAGGUAGCCGCCGUAUUCGACGAGCGAUUCGAUAUGUCGUCCAGAUUGAGAACGCCCGCCAGGAGGGCGCUCAAACACUGGCGAAACUCAUGCAUCCCGAUGACCUGAUCGCCAUGUUCGACCUGAACAAUUUGAUGGCUGUUUGA